CACACCACUCGCCACUAUUCUGCCAUGAUUAUGAUGUUUGGUAUGAUGGACAACUAUAAUACUGAGUACACUGAACGACUUCACAUUGAUUUUGCAAAGGACACUUACUGCACUACAAAUCACAAAGAUGAAUUUGUGCAGAUGAUGCAGUGGCUCAAGCACAAGGAGAAGAUUAUGCACCAUGACAAGUAUGUC